AUGGAUGUGUCAGAUGCCAUUGACCAUCUAGGAGUAGGACAUCCCGUUGGUUCCCAUUUGUCCCCACCUGAUGCCGAAGUAAAUCCCGACCAGGUUUUUGCAGCUGAACCAUUUCCAGGAGACCCCAGUAGUGCAGGCCCAGAGGGAGCUUCGAGCAGCGGCGAGCCUUCGUUGCACUGCGUUGUCUUUGCGGCCGAUUUUGUCACUGAGCACCACGAUGUCACUAUGCCGAUUGCCUCAGGGGUUGAGCACGCCUUGCAAGCGGUGUCUGCAUGCUCCAUUCGACUUCAGGAACUUGCACCAGCGUCACUCAUCCCCACCACGCCCCAGCUGGGAAGCGGGUACGCAAGCUUUCUGCUCAUACCUAAGUGGUUGGGUGCCUCUUUCAGGCGGAUCGUCAUUAUGGACUUCUCGGCUUUGAAUGGGCCGGUGUAUGCCCGUUUCGUCCAUGACAGAAUCACAUACCGCGACCUUGAGCUUGAGGCCAAUUUGCACACGACCCGCCUUUGGGAAGCCUUUGUGUAUAAGGAUUUUCGGCCGAUUAGUAGGGGAUCGUCCUCUUUGGUUUGUUCAGGGGAUGUCAUUCGGUUUGCGCCAUCCCAAGAUGGUCCACAAUGGGGCCACAGCAUUGACUUUUUGCUUAGCCAACCGGACCUAUGGGCCGCUUUUCCCACUGAUAUCUCAGCCGAGCAAGACGUGGGAUCCUGCCUUGUCCUGCGACAGGACUCUGCUGUGGCCUUCCCGUAUCGCUGCAUCUCCGAGGAGCACCUUCACCUUGCAAUCGCCAGGGCGAUGUAUCGUGAGGUACAUAAUGUUAGCUUCGGUUUUCCACUGCCACAUGAGGGCUUGCAGGAUGUAGUCCACAAUGGCUAUCGCACCCCGAUUAUUAUCGGAGCAGACCCCAGGUCGGAAGAUAUUCCACCGGGGCCAAACCUCGGAUGUUUCGUUUUUCUUGACUGCCGUUCAACAGGCCGAGGUAUCAGCUUCCUGUUUGAGACCCCUCGCUUGAUGCAAACCAACAAAGCAGUGCAGUACCUUGGCCUUUGGCCGCCAACGGGUUACCGCCCAUACGCGGAGCACCACAGCUUGGAACCGUCAGGCGUUCAGGUGGAAGCAGGCACAGUCAUUUGCUUCGGCUUCGAACCAGAGGACAUUGACUAUUCAUUUGCCGGCGACAUGCCUCAAGCCGACCAGGCCGGCCAUCAAAGACGGUCGAUCGUUGAUCAUCACGAGCUGUUUAUGCUCUCGGCUGCCGAUGUAAGUCCCAGGACUGCCGAUGCCGUCAUGAGGCCGAUGGAGAUUACGCACCUCAGUUCUGCUCCAGCCAUUGUUGGCUGUGUCGUGCUUCUCCCGCGCCAAGCGCCAGAAUAUCACGACAUUCAGAUUUCCACACCAUGUUCCCCGCAACAGGCUUGCAACGUGCUCGUGGAGGCACGACGGAGUCAGCUGCUCUGUGUAUACGAACACAUUAUUGUAGCUGCUCCCCAACCAUCGGAUGCGUUCUGCACGUUCAUUGCAGUCCCGGAAUGGGCACACUCUUUAGUAUUCAUUGCGGUCGAUGCUCGGCAGAUCGAUGGGAGGCUCUUCUGCGCACAGAUGGAAGACGGGCUAUUCCUGCGCUCUAUCAGGGCCCAGCUUGGCCUUCACCCGAGGCAUGGCCCUAAAAUCUACCACCGUGGCGCUGUGCUUGACGAUACCAGUCCGGUUCGCCUGUCCAAAGGCGACACGCUCUCUCUUAUUCCAUGGGAUGGGGUCGAUCCCAUUUCCACCACUCUGACACAGAUGCUUGGACGUGCGAACCGUUGGACGGUUCCCUGCCCUCGUAUGGUGACUCCAUUGCAGAACAUGGUCUAUGUGCUUACUGAUGCGUGGAACACUGCUGUUGCGGUCCCAGUGUCAUGCUUGGAGACGGUCGGUCGCCUACACAGUUUUGUGGCAGCAUACCUACGGGCCGAUCCAGACCGCUUGCAUAUACAGCGGCCUUCUCCUCACAUUGACAACUAUGAUGCCUCGGGACGGGGAUGUAGCAAAGUGCUGGUUGCUACUGAAGCUGUUCCGGAUGUUGUUAUGCCCCCGGCGCGGCCCUUUUGCAAUCAGACGAUUUACAUCUUGGAUACUCGCCCCAUCCUCGGCGACCUCAGAUGGCGGGUUGUCGUAGGAGAUGAGGUUGACGCUGAAGCCCUGAUGCGAGAGUUUCCAUCACCUAAUGGCUACUACACCUCUAUAGAGGGUGGUGUCCCUGUUCGGAGUGACGACCGCACCUACCUCCAGAUCCGUCCGGGUCAGGUUAUCACCAUCGAAUAUUGCAGUGAUCUGCUUGGGGAUGGGAGCGACAUUUCCGCUGCACACCCCUCCACCCCUAAUUCUGCUGGCAGCGACGAGGGCAACUCGGACUCCGAUAGUCCGAGCUCUCCAAGACCGCCGCCUGGACCUGCCCGACGUGGCACACCACCCGCAACCGGCCAGGACCCGGAGACGCUUCACGACGAGUCCACCGGCUUCAUUUCUGCCCUGGUUCGGGUCUGGCCUCAGCGCACCUGUAAAAUCCUGUACGAACCAAUAUGUCAUUCCUCGGCGGACUCCUCUAUGUUGGCGGAUCUGCGGCGCAUCACCGUGCGCAUGGGCCACCCAUGGCCUUACCUCCCGGCAGAUGGCGGCCCACAUACCGACGAUGACAUCCUCUCUGGCAGUGACGAUGAUGAGGCCCUCGCCACUCCGGUUUGGGCCUGUUUUACAGUCUUAGUUCCGGGUUAUGCUCCUGAUACACGCAUGAUCACCCUCACAAUGCCAGCCACACUGCAAGAGGCCACCGAUGCGCUACAGGCCGCCAGACAAACGCAAUUUGCUGAGGACUUUCCUUACCUCGUCGAUGUUUCGCCGCAGCCGAUUGAUGGCCAUGGAGUCUUUAUAGGCUGUCCUAACUGGCAGGGUGUGUCCAUGAUUGUCUGUUUCGACCUUAUUGGGUACGACGGUCGUAUCUUCGCUGAACAUGUUCCGGCUUAUUGCAGCCGACAGCAACUACUGCACUAUGCUCGUGUGGACCGCUGGUCUGCUGAUGACCCCGACGUAGCAGUCUUUCUGGGUUUCUUUGAGGAGCCCUUAGAAGAUGGGGUAGAGGUUCAUCUUUUUCCGGGUGAGAACGUGCGCAUUCUCCAUAGUGGCAGGCUCCCAGGUCAAAACAGCUCGCUUACCCAGCUACUGCUUUCGCCCAUGGCCUGGAGCACUACACCCCCAUUCCCGGAGGUGUCACCGGAUGGCCUAUACUGUCUUGUAGAUGAUAGUGGGGGCCGGCUAGUUUCGGUUGAUAUCAACGAACCUUUCCGUUACCGAGCCACAGUCGCGGCAGCAGCAGGUAUUCCCGAGGUCCAGGUUCGGGUUUUUCCUGCCAACCCCCGCGUUCCCAAUGCAGCUUCCGCAGGCAUGAUUUGCCGCACGUGCAUUGUGGCCGUCUCCGAGCUCGAUAUGCACGCCCGCGGCUCUGAACAUGCCGUGAUCCUUGACUCUAGGAUUUUUCUAGCUGGAUGGCGUACUGUGUGGCCGCAGGCAGAUAGCAUUGAUAGCCGGGAUCUGAUAGACGAUCUGCGCUCAUUGUGCCCCCCCGGCUGGCUCCCAGCCUUGGAUAUUGCCCUAGGCGAACAGGGGAUAGCUCACACUGCACCAGGCGCCGUGAUAUCCGUUCGCGCCUACCGGGAUGUCCCUCCCCGGAUCGGACCUUUCCACAUCUCGCCAGCACCUGCGGUUUUCAACGCUGGGUAUGCCAUUCUUGGAGACCAUCGUCCACUCGCGGCACUGCCGCAAGGCAGCACCGUCUAUAUGAUCCAGUUCCUAGUUUACUCCCCAGACAGGCUUGUCGAGUUCGUUGAGGUUGAAGCACGACGGGGAACACCGAUUCGACCACUGCUGGCUAGAGUUAACUCGUGCCGCCCGGGGCAACUUAGACAGCUCAGCCCAGGUCUUCUUGCCGCUGAUCCCCAGCCGGAUCCAUCUUACUGUGCGGUUUUGGCUGUUCCGCAAUGGCAACCGCCCGGGGUUUUUGUCCUUGUUGACUGCCGCCAUUACGACGACCGCGCCUUUGCAGCUCUGGUGCCUGUUUCCAUCAGCCGCGGUUCGCUGCUUGCCAUUGUCGAUAUAGACCCCCAUGAGCAUGUGCUGAUUUUUGUUGGACACGCCGACCGGCCCAUCGAGGCUGGACAGGAGAUCUUCCCUCAGCAUGGUACCACCAUCCAAAUCACUCGACCGGCCUCAGUGGUCCCACACAGGCUUCAUGUACAGGCGAUGCUUGAUGCUAACACGGCCUGGCCUGAAGCACCUCUCCCCCCCGGCUUCUUCGAUGACAGAACGUAUAUACUCACCCCGCAGGAGCAUUUUAGUCUUCGUGGCCAUCCGGCCUCAGGGGAUUUCCGCCAUCGAUUGGCUGAGUUAUGUGCAAUCGAGGAGCCCGAUAUUUUGCUUCUUGACUCGACACCUCAAAUCCGCGACUUCUCGGCGCUCGGCAGGGCUAGCCGGUCAGUCAUGCUUGCCACUAGACACGGGACUGUGAGACAACCGGCCACAGAAGAUGUUCUUGUUGUCCUUGACCGUCGGCCCAUCUAUCUAGGCCUUUCCGUUUGGCGGGCCCCAUCUGGCCGCAUUCGUGGCGAUGAUGUAGCAGGUCGUUUCAGUGGUCUAUGCCCUGAAGGCUUUGUUCCUAGAAUACUUGACGGCGCCAGCGGAGAGGUUCUUCCCGAACAGGACCAGGCGGUCAGUUUAGGACAUGUUUUUAUUGUCACUUUCCAGCCUUUAAUCGAGGCCGGCGCGCAGACCCUUCCGUUGCCGGGCAACGCGCAUUUGCCUUCUCUUCACCAACCUGCUCCGGUCCCAGUGACGCCCUCCCGAGGUUGCCAGGCAGGACAGGCCAAACAGCCCUCGGGCGGCAAUCGAUGGACAGCAACCCUGCUUCUUGCCGUUGGCAUUUCCAUGGCUAUACCGACAAGUCGGGUCGGGGCUCUUGCUCCUUGCAUAUGUUCCCGACAAUCCGCCUGUUUUCAUUCCCAUUGUAUUACGCCCCGCGCGGCCGCGUCACUGGGGCCUGGCCUUUCCGAGCUCCGCCCACUUGGGUCUAUAGGCUACACCUCCAGUCGAGUAGUCAUGUGUCUCCCAACCUUCGAUAGCUUGGUUCACACCUCUGUCCUCCUGGGUGUUGCCUUCUUAAUCUUACAGGUGCCGCUACAAGGAUAUCAGCGGGUCCUGGUUGGCUCCUUCCUUUGGCUAUGCGUCUUUCCAACCAGGGCAGCUGGCGUUCAACACCGGUCCUUCGAACCAAGAGUCUAUGAGCGGGCACAAAGCGACAUGAGUGUGCGGUGCGAUGUCAAUGGAAUUCUGUCGGCUAGCCGCCCUAUUCCUACCCCCCUGCGACGGGGCAACGGACCCAGAUGCUUUGAAAUCCCAGUUGAUGUUAGCAUCCCCGCCCGCACUGAAUCGAUUCCCUCUGAGUAUGACAGGGCUCUUUUCACGCUUCUUGAGGAAAGCAUCCAAGCAACCGAUUCGACUGCCUUCUUCUUGGCUGCGACCUUGCUUGAGACCCUUUUUGAGCAUUUCGGGGCUGUCAACAACGAGGAUCCGGGCAGACCAGCCGAUGCCUUAGCCGACCCGCGUGGUGCCACAGGUGGCCCUGCUGUCAGGAUCUCGCUCUCCGAUGCGUUGGCCACAUCACUACAUGAUGACUGCUACCCAGCAACCGGUUUGGGCAUCCCGUCACAUGUGCCCUGCAUCAACCUCGACUCAGGCCAGUGUCGCCUGCCAAUCACAAAGAGCAUGUGGCAGGACGUCUUGCACCGGGUCCCCAUUGCGUGCCUUGACGUUACUGUUGAUUCCCUCACAGGGAGCCACCGCUUCUUGCAUUGGCAUGGCGAGGGGUUCCCCGGUUGUUUUCCUGCAGACGCCCACACCAUUUGUUUCACAGCCGACGGCUCCUUCUGCCCUGCGUCCGGCCAAGGCGGCUGGGGUGUUGUCGUCUCGGUUACCACCGGUGAUUCGCCUGGCCUCCCAGGGCUUUUUGUCGGCGCCUUUGGCGGGUCCACUGAUGAGGAAUGGUCGCUUGCUGCAGACGUCACCACACCGCUUGAUGCAUACACCGCGGAGACAAUUGGCCUCAUGUGGGCAGGCAUCGCCGCUUUUCAACUCGGCUUUUGUGGCCCCCAUGUUUUCCGUUGUGACAACGAGGCUGCCCUAGGAGCUGCUGCCGGUCAAUGCAGAUCCGGGGACCUUUCCAUCUGGAGGGCUUGCCGCGGCAUACAUUUCGGUUUCCGCAUUUGGGCUGCUAGUGCCCCCGACUAUGUCCAUGUCAAAGGCCACGAAGGCGAUCCGGCCAACGAACUCGCCGACGCUUUGGCUGAGCAGGGGCGUCAGAGGCAGGGAUAUAACCCCUUUUCCUUAGUCCUCCCCCAUUGGUUUCGGGACGACGGCCACCCCUUUCAGUGGCUUCCACACCUUGCGUGGAUGCACCGGCGCCAUAUGCAGGCUCCCUCGUUAUAUGAGGAUGUCAUGUCAUGGGGGGAUACCAUUCCGGGUUUAACGAUCCCCACAGAGCAGGUCAUAAGGCCUUUCUUGAGAUCCGCUCCUGAAGCGACCCAGGCCGCUGGGGCACCACACAGGCGGCGAUGCCUUUUUGUGACUUAUAAUGCCCUGUCUUUGGCACAGCCGGGCACUGGCGCUGACGACGGCCAGGCAGGCUUGCAUGGCAGUACCGGCAGGGUUACUUUGCUAGAUGAGACCCUCUUUGCACGUAAUGCCUUUAUCGUCGGCGUGCAGGAAGCACGUACUCCACAAGGCACAUAUUGCGCGCAGCAUUUUCGGCGAUAUGCAUCAGGUAGUCUGGAGGGCAAACACUAUGGAAUCGAGGUCUGGAUCCGAUCGGACCCCGAUUGGCCCUCACAUGAAGUUGCUAUUUUGUCGGCCACCCCUACUUAUUUGGCUUUGCAAGCCUGUUUUGGUAGUUUCCGACUUGGUGUAUUCGCGGGGCAUGGCCCACAUAGAGGCCGGCCGGCCGAUCAGCGUACCGCCUGGUGGCAGGACAUAAGUCGAUUAUGCUCAUCUCUUCCGGUUGGUAUCCCAUGGGUUUUCCUGGUUGAUGUCAACGGACGUCUGGGCUCGAUCGCCGAUGACGCCAUAGGCGAGCACGAGGCUGAUGAGGAGGACAUAGCAGGCCAGGCAUUUCGCCUUCUCAUCGGCAGGCAUCAGGCCUGGUCCCCCUCCACCUUCUCUGCAUUUGCCCGUGGCCCGGGGGGCACUUUGUAUCAGAAGCGCAGCAAAACGCUUGAUCGAAGUGACUUCGUCGCCAUACCCUCAGAAUGGCGCGAGGCGACCAUCUGUGCGGAAGUACUGGCAGACAUACAUGCAGGCCACUCGGCACCGGAUCAUUUCGCUGCCGGUGAUCUUGAUUUCCAGCGGCCCCACCAUAGUAUGCCUCGUAAGAUCGACCCCCGAGCCCUGGUUGACCCAGUCAACGCCCCACGUAUUCGAGCCAUUUUAGCGGACACGCCUAAGGUCCCCUGGCAAGCCAAUGUCAAUGAACAUGCCUCAAUCGUCGUCGAUCACGUGUAUGAGAAGCUGGUAUCUGCCUUCCCGCUGCAGGGCCGCCCGAUGCGGCAGCACUUCCUACAGCAAGCCACGGUUCAGCUGCACGAACACCUCAAAAUGCUUCGGCAAUCUCUCAGACGUUGCGUGUACAAUUUGUCUAGUGCCAGACUUCGAUGCGCAUGGCUUGCCUGGCGCUCUGCGACUCCUUGGCGGCAGCUCUUCCAGGGCCGAUGGCUCACUGAAGUCCGUUUUGCCAUCGCGUGGCUCUCGUAUCACAUCGGAUUGGCUGGCAAGGCAGUGCGCAAGGGCUGCAGACAAGACCGCAAUAAUUUCCUUGCUCACCUACAGGUCGACCAGGCGAGCGCAUCUGAAGUUCACUCUGCGAUUAAACGCCUGAUACGGCCGCGGCGCUUUCGAAAGCAGGGGCCGACUCCGCUCCCCCGGCUCCGAAAUCCUGAGGGAGUCCUAUGUACCAGCCCUGCCGAGAUACAGAAAACAUGGCGGGACCAUUUUGCGCGUCUAGAGGGGGGCACACAGUGCACGCCCGAGGACCUUGUGAUUGAUUGCGUGCGGCGCCAACAACGGCGCGGGCCUCAGGAGCACCUCCUUUGCCAGGAGCUACCAGCCUUUGACGAUCUCGUCGAGGCUCUACGGAGGGCUCAGCCCUUCAAGGCCUGUGGCUCUGACCUCAUCCCUCCCGCUUUAUGUCAUGGCCAUGCGGUUGACGUUGCGGGAUUGCUGUGGCCGAUUCUAGUUAAGGUUCUUACACAAGGAUCCGAGCCAAUCGGCUUCAAGGGGGGUCGGCUUUUCCACAUUCCCAAGCCUAACGCCACAGAUAAAGCGUCCACGGAUGCUCAUAGGGGUAUCCUUGUGCAACCAGUGUUUGGCAAGGCAUUGCAUCGGGCCACCCGUGCUUUAUCUGUGGAGUUCAUGGAGCGUCAUGCUCCUGCCCUCCAGCUGGGCAGCCGGCAGGGGAAAACUCAUGCUUUCGGCUUCCUCAUGAGUCGAAGCUUCCUUGCCUAUGGCCGCACUAACAAUCUAUCGGUCGCACUCCUCUUCCUCGACCUUCAGGCAGCAUAUUACGCCGUCGUGCGGGAGCUUAUACUUGGGUCAGACUUGUCGGAUGCCAGCCUCUCCGAGGUAGUUCGGUCCCUUGCCCUCGCUCCUGGAGUAGAUGUCGAUUCCAUCGCCUCCUAUGCGGGCACGGAUCCUGUGCUUUCCCCCAGCAACUCUGCGAACGUUGCCGGCCUGACGUUCGAUGCAGUCUCCUCGCACGGAUUGACUCCGAACAUUGGGCCCAAAAAGUCAGCCGCAAUUCUUGUGCCCCGCGGAGCCGGUUCCAAACGUGCCCGAGACAACAUCUUUGGCCAGGGCGGUGGAAAAUUACAUGUUCUCCGUGAGGGCACCGGCGCUGUCAAGCUUGAUGCGGUGUCUCAAUACCGCCACUUGGGUUCCACCAUCACCCACAACGGCUCUAUGAUGAGUGAGGUCCGCAACCGGCUCGCCUUGGCUAGGGCUGCCUUUGGGGAGGCCAGAAAGAAGAUUUUCGUAUGCCCACAUAUUGCCAUUCACCGCCGGGUGCAGCUUUUCAGGGCACAUAUUUUGUCCGCACUGAUAGCAGGAGCCGGGGCAUGGCCAUGCCUCCCGCAGGAGGCAUGGACCACUUUCCAGCAGGGGCUGACUGCCCUGCUUCGGCAACUCAUCCGGAUACCGCAUGAUGCAUCGCAACGCUGGACUAGGGACGAUGUAUACGCCGCCUGCGGGAUCUCCUCCCCGCAAGAGCUGCUCCAUGCAGAACGCCUCCGUUUCCUUGGUCAAAUGAUCCUUCAUGCGCCGGACGCCACCUGGGCGCUGCUGCAACAUCAUGACGCCGCACUUGAGGCUUUCCAUGCGGCCUGUGACUGGCUAUUCAUCGCCGUCUCUGCCACUAGUGGCCUUGGCCCUCAUCGUGACGAUUGGCAGAACUGGACUGAGUUAGUCAAGCGCCGGCCCAAGCAAUGGAAAGGGCUCAUCAAGCGGGCCGUCUCGUGGUAUAGUAAUCGACGUACCGCCCAAGUACUAGUGGACAACUUUGCCCGGGCUACCUGGGAACGGGUUGCGCCGAUCGCGGUCGCCGCUCCGCUCUCGGAGCAUGCAUGUCUGAUGUGCCGCCGUGCCUUCCCCAAUGCACACACCUGGUCGUCGCAUGCAGCCCUACAGCACGGAUACCGUACCAAGGCGCGUCGUUUGGCCAGGGGCAGGCUGUCGAACGAGGAGACGCCGAUCUCCUUCCAGUGUGCGAUUUGCCUGAUGGUCAUACCCAGAGUCGGGCAGCAGCCGGCCCUCAGGGAAGGUGUUUUCAGCGAGGACACCCAGAUUCUUGAGGUUGUCCAGACCUUUGUUGAGCCGUUCUCCCUCCUUAAGGAUACACUGGUGUUCUGGCGGGAUGAGCUCGAUGCCGGACCGGUUAGGGACCGGGCUGACGAUGUCCUCCUUUGCUUUCAGGUUGACCUACUCUGCGACGAGCGCCAUGCGCGGCCCUCGCCUGAUCCCGAGGCUGGCCGCUUUGAGCCAUGCAUUUUGCCUCUGCUCCGCUCCCCACGGCCGGCUGGACUUGCCGGGCUUGUGGCGGGCCAGUGCCUCGAUUUCGAUCUGAGUUGGCUUGGCCUGUCGCCUGGCGGGGGAUGGCGCUAUCUCCCUCUGUCCCUUCUUCCCCCACACAAUGUCGAGUGGGCGUGCGUUGUUCUCACACUUCCUCCUGCGCCCUGCAGCUCGGCACAGGUGCCCGUCGUGACCGACAGAUGCGAUCCGAUGAGGCGUAUGGCCCCGGGGCGCGACGGAAUCUUGAUUGAAUGA